AUGUCUUCAAUGGAAAUGAUGGUGAAACAACAGGAGGCCACGGCUGAGUGGAAAAACUUUUUUCCAAAUGGCUUGAAAUCCAAGCAGGAGUCUCUGCUCUUUGUGAAGAGGAUGAUGGCUGUGACCGUGUCCUACAUCACCUACCUCCGAGGGAUCUUCCCCGAGGAGGCCUACAGGUCCAAAUACCUGGAAGAUAUAUGCCUCAAGAUUUUGCGGGAAAACUGCAAAACCAUGGCCGCAAACAAAAUGGUGAAAUGGAUGAUGGGCUGCUUUGACGCAUUAGAAAAGCAAUAUCUCCAGGUCGUGUACAUCGGGGUCUACACCAAUCCGGACGAACCAGACUGCAUUAUUGAAUCCUACCUGCUGAAGAUCAGAUACUCUGCCCAGGGCCCGGAGCUGAAUGUCGUCAGGAAGGACGGUGCAGAGAUGCAGGUGACGAUGGGGGAAACCAAGAAAGCCUCUGUGGUGCUGAUCAGGAAGCUCCUCCUGCUCAUGCAGAACCUGAACCCCCUCCCCGACAACGUCUACCUCAACAUGAAGCUUUACUACUACGACGACAUCACCCCGGUCGACUACCAGCCGCCGGGCUUCCAGGAGGCCCAGUGCGACAGCCUGUGGUUCGAAGGCCAUGCCGUGCACUUCAAGGUGGGCAAGGUGCAGACGGCCUUCCACUGCUUCAGCGUGGACGUGUUGGCGGAGCAGGGCCGGGUGGAGAAGCUGCAGACGGGGACCCAGAAGAGAGACGGCGGGGGGAUCUCUCCGAACGGAGACACGAUGAAGGAUCCCAGUGGGAAAAUACCUGACGACAAAGAUUUACCCUCAGAGGAUGAAUCGGCACAGUUCAAGAAACCAAGGACUUGUGUGAGAAAAGCGCCUGGAAAAACUCUGAGGAAGAAAAGACUUUAG